GCGGGAGGCGCCGGGCGCCUCAUGAGGAGGCACCACCCAGCAGGAAUCCGGAGCGGGAAGGCUCCCAGCAUGCAGCCCGGCUGCACCCACCUGCACAGCAUCCCGGGGAGCGGCGAUCCCUGCCCGCCAUCCGCAGACAGCUCCUGCCAUCCCGGCACAGGAGCCGUGCACAUCCAGCUGGGAGAAGCCAGGGACAGCCCCAGCUCCAGGAGGGGCUCCCAGAGCCGCUCCCACGGCCACGGGGAAGCGGCAGGAGGGCUGGAGGACACCGGCCUGGACUCAGAGGAGCAGGGAGGGAGCUCCCUGUCGGAGCUGAGGCACCUCCUGCAGUGGCUGCACAAGAGCCUGCCCUACCUGCUGAUCCUCUGUGCCAAACUGCUCGUGCAGCACCUCAGUGGCAUUUCUCUUGGAAUUGGGCUGCUAACAACUUAUGCCUAUGCAAACAAAAGCAUAGUAAAUCAGGUUUUUCUAAGAGAACGGUGCUCCAAGCUGCAGUGUGCCUGGCUACUGCUCUACCUGACUGCAUCAUCCCUGCUCCUCUACUACACCUUCCACUCUCAGGCCCUGUAUUACAGCUUGAUCUUCUUAAACCCUGCGGUGGAUUUCAUGAACUUCUGGGAGGUCCUUUGGAUUGUGGGAGUCACAGAUUUUAUUCUGAAAUUCCUCUUCAUGGGCUUCAAGUGCUUUAUUCUCUUGGUGCCUUCUUUUAUCAUGUCCUUUAAAUCCAAGGGUUACUGGUACCUGCUGCUGGAGGAGCUGUGCCAGAAUUACCGCACCUUCGUGCCCAUCCCGCUGUGGUUCCGCUUCCUCAUUGCCCAUGGGGAGCUGGGCACUGUCCUGGGAUGGUCCCUCGGGAUCCUGCUGGGCCUCCUCUACCUCACCCUGAAGCUUCUGAGCUUUUUUGGACAACUGAGAAACUUCAGGCAGGUUUUAAGGAUGUUUUUCACACGCCCACACUAUGGGGUGCCAGCCAGCAAGAGGCAGUGCUCAGAGUCAGAUGAGAUCUGUUCCAUCUGCCAGGCCCAAUUUCAGAAGCCCAUUCUGCUCAUCUGCCAGCACACAUUUUGUGAAGAAUGCAUCAGCCUGUGGUUUAACAGAGAGAAAACCUGUCCCCUCUGCAGAACUGUCAUUUCAGAGCACGUGAACAGGUGGAAGGACGGAGCCACGUCGAUGCAUCUCCAGAUUUUCUGAAGCUUCUCAGCCAACCUGCUGUGUCCCCUCUGGGUCCCCGAGUCUC